CUUCCCGUGCAUGUGAUCCUAAAGAAAAGCUCUCCAGUGACAAGCCGCUAGUUCUGCGAGAUCGGAAUCACGUUGCAGUGACUGUACGAAUUUUAUCAAACGCAUUGACUUCGCAAAGUCUAUCUUUCCGUCAACAUGACUACCGGCCAAGGCCAACAAAUAUCUUGUAUUCCUCUGUGGGUAUUGGAAGACAUCAAAAACUACCUGAAGAAGUCCACUAACCGCCAGAGGAGCCAAAGCAUCUCGUGUCAGUGCCGACAAACUUCGAGCUCGCCGCUCCAGCAGCGCCGACGUCUGCGGAGCGAGGAGCGUUGGUGCGGACGACCCCUCAGAGUCGCGCUUGUUGGGGGAAACAAUGUGGGAAAAUCUGCACUAACCGUGCGAUUCCUCACCAAGCGAUUUAUUGGAGAAUAUCGCUCUGAUUCCGAUAUGCUGUACCGCUCAGUUCUAUCGCUCUCGGGAUCCCCACAAAAUGUCGAGUUAUUGGACUGUUCUGGUAAGGACCUGAAAGAUGAAGUAUUACAGUGGGCUGAAGCCUUCAUCGUCGUCUACAGCAUCACAGACAAAUCUUCCUUAGAUGAAGGCAAAUCGACUUUACAGAAGAUAUCUUCGAGUAGACUGGAAGUUCCUGUUAUGCUAGCGGGCAACAAAAGCGAUCUUGGACACCAAAGACAAGUUUCAGAAGCUGAAGGAAAAUCAGCGGCGCAAAUCCACGAAGCUAAAUUCUCUGAAGUUUCUGCGGCUGAUGAUUGUGAUUCGGUCAGCGUUUCUUUCAAUUCUUUCCUGAAGGAAGUCAAAAUUCAUCGAAGUAAAUUCUCGCCGAGAUACAGAAAACUUUCACCGACUAAACUUCUUAACUCUUUGAUGUGUAGAUAUAACACUCAUCACUCUACUGAACUUAUUAUUCUGAACAAAUGUGAACAGUCGAAACUAUCCGCUAAGCCUAGUCAGUUGUAAGAUUAUUGUGGAAUCUCUUCGUAUAACUUUUUUAUUAAUUUUCUAAGAUACUGUAUUUUCCGUAGUCGAAUUGAAUA